AUGGCAUCAUCUCCAAAUCCUACUGAUCAGAACUUCAUUGUAGUGGAUUUCCACUACAAUGGUCAGUUUGCACCCAAUCCCUUAGUUUACUUUUAUCCCGACAGAGCAUCAGUGCGAGAUGUUGACUUCAGUGCGUUUGGGUAUGAGCAAUUCAUGGAAUUCCUUCACAAGCUCACCAAAUCGAGAAGCAAAGACAUCUAUUUCUGCCUUCCACAAGAGUCUUUAGGUCUUGGAAUUUAUACACUGGUGAACGAGGGUGAUUACAAGGAAUUUUUGGAUUUGGCGUAUGCUAAUGACAAGAGAAUGAAUGUAUAUGUGGAUCACCAUAAUGAACCUAUCUUCGACUGGAUUGAGGCUGAGGAAAGUGAAAGUGAAAAUGAAGACUUAGAUGAAGAUGAGGAUUCAGUUAUUCAAGAUUCAUAUUCUGUUGAUCAUGAAGAAGAUGAUGCUACCUAUCCAUUUCCAGCAAACAAAACUGCACAUGAUAGAUUUUUAAACAUCGUUUGUGAACCUACAGAGAGUGAAGAUCAAGAUGAUGAAUACGAGCCACCCCAGUACCCUGUGUAUGAUGAGAGACAGCCAUGGGAUCAGAUGAAACCAAUGAUAGUACCAAGUUCAUCCAGGGGAAGUGGAGCAGACCCAAGUUUAUCCAGGGGCAAUGAAGGACCACCACCUAUAGCCCAACCACCUCCUCCACUACCACCUGCAGCCCAACCACCUCCACCACCACCACCUGCAGCCCAACAACCUCCUCCACCACCACCUGUAGUCCAACCACCUCCACCACCACCACCUGCAGCCCAACCACCUCCACCACCACCACCUGCAGCCCAACAACCUCCUCCACCACCUCCUGUAGUCCAACCACCUCCACCACCACCACCUGCAGCCCAACCACCUCCUCCACCACCACCUGCAGUCCCCAUGCCAAGAAGAAGGGUCCCAGUUAGUAGAAGUGGAAGGAGGCAAUAUUCUGAACGGAUCAUCAAACAAGAAUUAAGGAGGCAGAUACCUGGGGUUGGGAGCAAUGCAGAUAACCCUUCAGUUAUUGAUUAA